GUCUCGGCGUCUUGUUCUGACGUUUGCCACGAACCUUCUGAUGUAUCGAACCAACAGUUCGAGUGUUCACAAUCGAAUGGAUCGGUCCUCUAGCAGAGAUAGAAGGAAGCACUGACAUGUGCACAUGUUCCAAUAUAAACACACGCAUGCUUACUGAUUUUAAACGAUAAACAAUAAAUGAUAAUUAUUUAUAAAUAAUUUUAUAAUCAUCAUAAUCAGUAUUUGUAACAAUUGAUCAGUAAAUAAUAAUUUGCUAGACUUUUUUUUUCCUUCUGAACAAUAAGUUUUAAUUAUAUCAUCAUGAAACCACCUGAAGAAUUUCCAUUCCCUUUUCCACCUUAUGACAUUCAAAAAAAUUUCAUGAAAAAUCUGUAUUCAUGUCUGGACAAUGGGAGUUUGGGGAUCUUCGAAAGUCCCACUGGAACUGGAAAAUCAUUGUCAAUUAUUUGUGGAGCAUUUAAAUGGCUUGUUGAUUAUGAAAAACAUUACAAGGAUUCUCUCGAAGUUCAACUGAAAGAUUUUGACAAUAAACUAGAAGAAAUUAAAAAAGAAUUUAAACAAGAUUGGUUUGCUGAGCAAACUGCAGAGAUAAAAAUCAAUAGUGAAAAACAAGUUGUUCAAAAAAAACUAGAUAUUUUGAAGCAUCGGGAAGAGCGAAAAAAUAAAUUUAAGGAAAGAUUGGAAUUAGAAAAUAUAUCAAAGAAGAAACGAUUCUGGAAGUCAAAGAGUGUUGGCGAGAAACAAAAUGAUAAAAAGAAUAAAGAUGAAGUAUCUAAAGAUGGUUUAGAAGAUUCUAUUGCUGAAAGAAAUGAUAUUGAUUUAUUACUUGAAGAUUUUUCAUUGGAUUCUGAUUCAGAUGAUGAAGAAACUAAAGAGGAAGAAGAAGCUGAGGUUGUAAAAAUAUUUUUCUGCUCAAGAACUCAUUCACAAUUAACACAGUUUAUUGGUGAAGUAAAAAGAAGUCCUUAUGUGGCUGAGAUUUCGUUGGUUCCUUUAGCUUCAAGGCAAAAUUAUUGCAUUAACAAAGCUGUAAAGAGUCUAAACCAUAUAAAUUUAAUUAACGACAAAUGUAUACAAAUGCAAAAAAAAAAGACAUCAUCGAAAGAAGAAAAAGAUCUCAAACGAUCAAAAGUUGCUACAGCUUGUCCAUUUAAUCCUGGUAAUCAGUCAUUACUUGUUGCUGACAUUGUAACUAAUGUUCAAGAUGUUGAAGACAUCGCUGUGAAUGCUAAGAAUUUAAAUACCUGUGCUUACUAUGCUUCAAGAAAGACAUUGCCAGAUAUUCAAGUUAUUCUUGUGCCUUACAAUCUUGUCCUGCACAAAAGUACUAGGAUAAGUUCAGGAAUUAAUUUAAAAAAUAACAUUCUGAUAAUCGAUGAAGCUCAUAAUCUUCUAGAAGCUAUUGAGAAUAUACACAAUGCCAUAAUUACUGGAAGAAAUAUCCUACACUGUUACAGUCAAAUUACCCAGUAUCAUAAAAGAUUUGAAAAUUUAUUGUCAGCUAAAAGUGUCUUAUAUUUAUCACGGUUGAGUUUUAUUUUAAAAAAAUUCAUUCAACUUCUUGGUGGUACCACAAAAUCUCAUCAUGAAGAUAAAAUUGAAAAGCCGAAAUCAGAAAUUUAUACUAUCUCGGAAUUUGAAACUGUUACUGAUAUUUACAUGAUAAACAUGUUUGAGCUAACUAGAUUCGUAAAUGAAUCAAAAUUAAUGCAUAAGCUUCGAGGAUAUGUUGAAAAAUAUUCCGGAGAUUUAAAAGUUCGUCCAGUUGUCAAAAAAACAGGUGGAGUCAGCGCAUUUUUAAGUUCUUUGCAGAAAAAAGAUGAUGUUGUGACUGAGAAUAAACAAGAAGAAAACGUUCCAACAGAAGAAAUACCUAGUACUCCUAUCAUGCUUAUAAAUAAUUUCCUUCAGUGUUUACGAGGUGAAAGCAAGGAUGGAAGGAUUUUUGUAAACCAAGGAUCUACAAUAGGUCAAGGAACUAUAAAGUUUAUGUUAUUAAACCCAGCGUCACGGUUUCAUGAUAUUAUACAGGAUGCAAGAUCUGUGAUCCUUGCUGGAGGAACUAUGGAACCAAUAUCUGAGUUUAAGAAUCAACUAUUUAUUGGCGCAGGAGCUAAUCCUCAAAGAAUUGUCACAUAUUCUUGUGAUCAUGUUGUGCCUAAAGAAAACAUUUUAACUAGAAUUGUGACUCAAGGACCUACUAAAGUUACUUUUGAAUUUAAUUAUAAUAAUAGAGGAAAUCCAGAGCUAAUUAAUGAACUUGGACGUACAUUAGUACGUUUAUGCAACAUCGUACCCGGUGGAAUAGUUGUUUUCUUUUCAUCCUAUAAUUAUGAAGCCACUUUAUAUAAAGGUUUAGAAAAUUCUGAUGUUAUAAAAGAGAUUCAAAAAAAAAAGAAAAUAUUUCGAGAGCCAAAACUUGCUAGUGAUGUUAAUUUAGUUUUGCAAAAUUAUGCUAAAGCUAUUGAAAAUCCACAAUCACCACAAAACGGUGCGCUUUUAUUUAGUGUUGUUGGAGGUAAACUCAGUGAGGGUCUUAAUUUUUCUGAUGACUUGGGACGAUGUGUUGUUGUUGUUGGAAUGCCUUAUCCUAAUACAAAGUCUUUAGAGCUUCAAGAAAAAAUGAAAUAUUUGAAUGAAAAUGUUAAACAAGGAGCUGGAAAUGAAUAUUAUGAAAAUACUUGUAUGAAGGCUGUGAAUCAAUGUAUUGGACGUGCUGUUCGGCACAUUGCUGAUUAUUCUACAGUAGUGUUGCUUGAUAAACGUUAUUCUACAAAAACUAAAGCACUUCCUGGAUGGAUUCAGAGAUCUUUAGAAACAAGUAAUGAUUUCACCGCUGUUGUUAAUGAUAUAGAUAAGUUUUUUAUAAACAAAAAAAAGAAAACGUGAUGUAAAAUGUUACAAUAUUUUUUUACAUAUAAAGUGAGCUAUUUUUAUUUUAAUGUAAUAAAAAAGAUUUUCGAAAAUUCACUGCAUUUGUUUUUUAAAUAUAUUUAUUAUCAAAUUAGAUGAUAUGCAUUGCAUUU